GGAAGGAUUGCGCGGAGAGUAUGAUUGUAACUCUAUUCAUGAUAGUAAAUAGUUUGAUUUGGCUACCUAAUUAGGAAGUUUUGAGUCGAUAAGCUUCUACUACAGUGUUGGGUCCACUUCAAAAUUACCGCUUUUGGUAGGAGGGAUCGACAAGGGCUACGCGACACUCGCGUGUGGGUCUUACCCCAGAUUGCCAUGUGGAUAGCUUGACACUUUCUGGGGUAGAUAUAUAAAGAGGCAAGAUGCUCUCGUUGGCAGAUCAGUUUGUUAUUUCACCACUCAACAAUUACACCAGUCUCUCCUCUACUUUAGCCCAUUGAAUUCUUCAACAGGGCAAAUAUUUGCCAUUAUGGGUGAUCAUGAUAUCGAAUCCGAAGGGGAAAAGAUCUCCUCGGCUCCAGUGAGCUAUUCAGAGAAGCCAACUGCAGAGACGAUGGAGCAUUCUCCUAUCACCCUGACGGAGGAAGAUAAUACUCGGAUUAGGAGGAAGACUGAUAGGGUCAUCUUGUCGAUUCUGACUUGGGUCUACUUCUUACAGGUUUUGGAUAAGGGAGUCAUGGGAACUGGAGCGGUUUUCGGUCUACGAGAAGACACCCAUAUGACGGGACGUGAAUAUUCACUCCUCGGGUCGAUCGCACCAAUUGCGCAGUUAGGAUGGCAGCCAUUCUCGGCGUGGUUGAUUGUGAAGGUGCCACACCGGAUCCUGAUGCCAUCGAUGAUCCUUGGAUGGGGAAUUGCAGAGACAAUGACAUGUCUAUGCCAUGACUUCAAAACAAUGAUGGCCUGCCGCUUCUUCCUUGGUCUGUUCGAAGCCGGCUGCUUGCCCCUAUUUGCUAUCAUGACUGGCCAGUGGUACCGUCGUGUUGAGCAGCCACUUCGUGUCUCUAUUUGGUAUUCCAUGAAUGGCACAGCAACUAUGGCAGCUGCUGCCUUAUCUUAUGGCCUCGGCCAUAUCCAUUCUUCGAGGUUAUAUUCGUGGCAAAUCAUUUAUCUAUUUUGCGGAUUGCUUACUGUUGUCACUGCACCCGUCUGUUAUUAUUUCCUCGACAACGAUAUCUCUGUGGCUCGCUUCCUCACCCCCAUGGAACGGUUACAGGGCGUUGAACGCCUCCGCAGCAACAAAUCUGGCGACGAAACGGUCCAUGAGUUCAAGUGGCCCCAGGUUUGGGAAGCGGCCCUUGAUAUUAAGACUUGGCUGUGGGUUGUGCUCGCGAUUCUGCCCAACCUAGGCUCGGCAUUGCCAGGUGUCUUUGGACCUCUUAUCAUUAAAGGCUUUGGCUUUGACCCCUAUACGACGUUGCUGCUAAAUAUUCCCUAUGGAGCCAUGACUUUAAUUGUUGUCAUUCUAUCUUGCUGGGUCGCCAAUAGGAUGAAGCUGAAGGGUAUUAUCUUGAUGGGCUUCAUGAUUUUCCCCGUUAUUGGUUGCGCAAUGCUUUACGGCCUUAGCCGCGAGGCAAGAAUGCGACCUGCGCUACUCGUCGCCUACUACAUCACCUCCUUUUUGUUUGCAGGCAACCCUAUACUUCUUGCGUGGUCCGUUGGAAAUACUGCUGGACAGACCAAAAAAUCCGUCACAAUGGCAUUUUAUCAAGCCGGUACCUCCGCAGGAGCCCUUAUUGGCCCGCUUCUGUUCACGGCAGACCAGGCCCCAGAAUAUCACCCAGCUAUUGGAGGUGUACUUGGGGUCUUUGUUGCCAUGAUGGUGCUCCUCGGUGUUCAAAUCGCCAAUCUGAUGUGGUUGAACAAGAAGCAGGAAAAGAGGAGAAUCGCAAACGGGAAGAGUGGAGUUAUUGUUGAUCGUUCCAUGACAACAAACGUCAACAUGGAUUUGAAGACUCAGGAAGUGUCAGGCGAACGGGAGGAAGUCUUGGACUUGACAGACAAGCAGAAUGACGAGUUUGUGUAUGUCUACUAAUCGAAUCAGUUUUGGGAGUGAGGCAAAUAGUUGGAAGCAGAGGGGGAGGCUGGAGCCAUAUCCGCUGUAGUUACUCCAUUACGUUCAUUUUAGGAUAACCC